CCGAACGCACCAUGAGUGGGCGGGAUCAGUGUUGUCCAAUAGGAUGCAGCGUUGAGAGACACGUUGGAUAUUUCCUGCCACAAACAUGUCAGCCACCAGUGCGUAGACACCAUCAUAUAUAUUAGUGGUUUUUGUGUUAUAGGACUGAACUCCACUAUGGUUUUCGUUAACUCGGAUCCCUCCGAAGCUGCGACCAUCCUUCGUGUCAAAGAGCCGCUGGAGUUCAAGUGUCACCUGGACAGCACAGAUGCAUUGCUUAUGCAAAAAGUGAUUUCGAGAACAUUCACGAGCCUCCGCUCUAAGGUGAAAUCUGAAUCCUGCGUCCUCACAGUCUGUGACAGUCCUGUGGUCAUUUGGCCCAACAAGGGUGUUUUCGUAACGCCUGAAGAAAUAACGCCAAGUGCAUUGUGUGAGGAUAUACAGCAGUGGAUACAGACAGAUGAACAUGAGGCCUCUGGCAAGAAAUCUGGAAAAAAGAAAAUAAAAAAAGGUUCAGUAGCAAGUGUCCUAAACCUUCGCCUAAUGAUGGAGGUGACAACUCCAGGCCCUCUCCCCGCUCCCGUCCUGAGUAGAACCGUUCGGAGGUCCCACUUCCUGUCUACCGUCCUUCCUUUGGACUGUGUUGUCUGUACAAAAAGCAGCGACACCAUCAAAGAUGCCUGCGAGAGACUAGUGGAAGCGCUAACUCAUCAGCUGUGUGACAUGGAGAAAGUGACCUUGCAGCACAUGAAUGGGACCACGCUGCUGACUCCUGAACCGCUUCACUUUCUCCUCCCAGAACAAAAAGGACUGGUGACUGUGGUCUAUCCAGCAGGAGCGCCUGACAGCCAGCUAGAGACGCAGCGUAAGGAAUUGCAUCAGCAGUUUGAGCUACCACAUGACAGGCCAUAUUUCAGAAGAGCCAAUGCACAUCACUUUCCCAACGAGUCCUACAAGGACGGGUACCUCCGAAACCCACAUGUGGCUCUCACACAUCCCAACAUGGAAAAUGGGAAGGUCUACUUGGUGCAGGGGCUCUACAGCUAUCAUCAUUACAUGCAGGAUCGAAUGGAUGACAGUGGUUGGGGCUGUGCUUAUCGCUCCUUGCAGACCAUUUGCUCCUGGUUCCAGCAGCAAGGCUACGUAGAACGACCCGUGCCUUCUCAUAGAGAGAUCCAACAGGCUUUAGUUGACGUCGGAGACAAGCAGGCAUCCUUUGUGGGAUCACGGCAGUGGAUUGGGUCCAUCGAGGUUCAGGCUGUUCUGAGCCAGCUCCUGGAGGUCACUUCCAAGAUCAUGUUUGUGAGUCAGGGUUCUGAAUUGGCAUCUAAAGGCAGAGAACUGGCAAAUCACUUUGCCACUGAAGGAACUCCUGUCAUGAUUGGGGGGGGUGUUUUAGCUCACACUAUUUUGGGUGUGGCUUGGAGUGAGACCACUGGGCAGAUCCGUUAUCUCAUCCUCGAUCCACAUUACACAGGAGCUGAAGACCUGCAGGUUAUCACAGACAAGGGCUGGUGUGGCUGGAAAGGAGCAGAUUUUUGGGAUCAAACUGCGUAUUAUAAUCUUUGUCUCCCACAGAGGCCAAAGAUCAUCUGAGAUCUUGGCUUCACUUCUAAUUGUAUGUUUCCGUCUUUAUCUAAACACAAAAUGUAAGAUUGACACUAUAAUCAGCUUGUUUAAAAAGAACAUUUUUGCAAUAAUUUGGAAUUCUUCCAACUUACUUUCUGUUUGUGUCUUAUUACGAGACCUUUCUACUGUACAACAUGGCUGAUUUUACAAAUAAUUAAACUGUACAAUAUGUUUGA